AUGAAUGAAGCAGAAAACUCACCAGAUUCGCGUCAGCGUGCUAGGUGGUACGAGUACCGGUCCCGCCGUCGCGCCCCUCCAGCUCGAGUGGAAGGUCUCGUCGGCGUCGUGGUCGCUGUACCAGCUGUAGUGAAGCAGGCGAUUGUCCACUCUGACAGCGAGGGAGAGAGCAGUGAAUAUGAGGAGGAGGAAGAGGAUGAGGAGGAGGAGGAGGAGGAAGAGUCCAGCGAGGGGGAGCAGGAGCCAGGUGCGGAUGUGGUGGUGGAGGUGGAGGACGACAAUGAGCAGGAGCAGCUGGUGGUGGAGGUGGAGGACGACAGCGAGGGGGAGGUGGCGCAGCAGCUGCAGCUGCCUGCCAAUGACGGCCUGUACAUGGUGGCGUCGGGGAUCCCGUAG